AGCUGCCCAUCACAGGGACUGCUCAGAUUGUGUGGGCUGGGGAAACUAUGGGGACACUUUUACCAUUUUGGUUCUUCCCUUGUCCUCAUCCUCAGCUGGUCUAGAAAACCUCUCAGGUGACUUCUUCGUCGGCUUUCAGGUGCUUCAGUUUCCAAUGAUGCAUGUGCAGUACAUUUAAGGGUAAAUUUUUUAUAUAAAAAAAGUAUUCAUUUUUUAUUAAUAUAUUUUAUUUAUUUUCCAUUGGAAUUUUUUUUAUUUUUUUUAAAAAUAUUUUGAUUUUCGCCGUAUCAAUUGUCGCCGUAUCAAUUUUAUAUUUUUAAAAAAAGAGAUACUCUACGUGAAUAAAUAAAAAAGGAGAACUAAUCGAUAAAAAAUAAAAAAAUAUUUUGGUGAAUUUGCAGUGCAUAUAAAUAUAGUUUUUUUUCUUCGUGAUGUGAUAUAUUAUUAUAAUAUAAGUUAAAUAAAACAUUACAAAUUAUGAGGGUGACCGUAAGGUGAUAAUAUUGCAUCAACGAACAGGUAAAAGGCUGGGCUGAGUUGGGCCCAACCCAAAUCCACCAACCAAUAUAAUAUCUUCAAAGUUAUGUAGAGUUCUACAGGUUAUCUCAGCUUGCAUAAUUCUAUCAGAUUUUGUCAAGCAUGAAUUAGCAAGACAAAAUAAUUAUACAUGCACAUCUUUUCUUCAGAAUAUAAAUCUUUUUUGGUCGAAAGAAGCAAAGGAAAGAAGGAAACAAUAUAUUUUCAUAUUAUUUUAUUAAAUUCGAAUAUAAAUAUUUAUUACUUGUGUAAUAAUACCUUAGGCUCAUGAUAUUAUUCUCACAGUAUUCAUUUGCAAGCUAAUUAGAGAAAAUAGCAGAUUAUGUUCAUCCUCCAAAUCUGCUUUAAUUUUCGUGGAUGGACAUCUUAUGCAAUUAUUCCCGAGAAUACAUUCUAAUUAUUAUUGCAUUAUAUGUUCAUAAUCAUAUGCUUAAAUACAUAGCUAUACCAUAACUGAUACAUGUAAGGAAAAGAGAGAGAUAGAGAGGCAAUUCUACGAUUGAUUGCACAAUAUUUAAAGAAAAGAAAAAAACUAAUGUAUUAUUUUAUGAGACAGUCCAAUUGGCUUUCCAAUCUAUUGGAGGAAUAUGACGGGAUUAUUGUAACAUGCGUUAUAUUGUUAGCGUUACCAUAUAAAACGCUACAAGUAUUUCCUUUUGCUUCUUCCCCGUACGAGAUCGAUCGGGAGACCAAACCCUAACUAUCUUCGCCGAUCCCUUCCUUUCGAAACCCCCAAUAUUCGCUCGAUCGAUCCAUGGGAGGACAUGGAGGGCUCAACAUAUUGCCGCAGAAGCGGUGGAACGUCUACAACUACGAGAACCGCGAGAAGGUCCGUAAGGACGAGGAGGCCGCAGCUCGCGAGGAGCAGCUCCAGCGCGAGCAGUCCCGCCGCCGUGACGCCGAGUUCCGCCUCGACCGCCUUCGGCGUGCCCGUGGCCUUCACCACCAACAACCCCCCUCCGUCGACGAUUCCCGCCACUUCAACCUCUUCGACGGCGUUUCUGACUUCUCCUCCCUCGGUGGCGCCCAGGACAAAGCGGCCACCCGUGACGGCAAGAGAUUCAAGAAGGAGGAGGCCGAAGAGGGUGGUUCCAAGAGCUCCAAGAAGCGGCGGAGAGAGGAUGCGCCAGUGCCGGUGGCGCCGGAGGACGAGAAGUAUAAGCUGGGGUAUGGGCUGGUCGGGAAGGGGGUGAAGGCUCCAUGGUACCUCUCACGGCCGUCGGCCAUGUCGUCGGAGGUCGUUGAUGAAGAAAUUGGCGGUUCCAGGGUUGCUAGUGUUUCCGGGAAGAAGACUGCAGGGAAGAAGACGAUAGAGGAGCUGAGGGAGGAGAGGAUCAAGCGAGAGAAGAAAGAAAAGGGGAGGGAGCGGGCGCUUCUGGCUGCCACACGGAAAAAUGGUCCUGAUCGAGGGUUUUCAAGGAAGCUUUGAUUUUCUCUUACCCUCCAAGCUUAUAGCGACGCUCAUUGGACAGAGUGUUCAGAUUCUCAUCAAUCUACAACGAGUUGGUGUAUAUAUCUUGGUGAUGCUCUUUGUUUCAUGAAAAUGCAAAAAAUAAGAGAGAGAGAGAGAGAGAGAGAGAGAGAGAGAGAGAGAGAGAGAGAGUAUCUACAUCUUCUACUAAAGCUGAAUAUAGAGGUAUGUCCUCGGUUUGUUAUGAAA